GCAGUAGCUAAGACUUCACGCAGCAAUAGAAAAAAAUUAGAAACAAUGUUUAGAAAUGACUCUUUGAGUUCUGAUCCCUCUGAUUGUGUUCGCCCGCCACCUCCAAAACCUCACAAACACAAGCGCGGUAAAAAACAACGCCAGCAUUCUGUGUCGUCAUCUGACGAGGAGAUUCGCUCCACUCCGGAAUGUUCCAGCUGUGAGGAACAGGAUAUAGAGAGUGAAAGCGUUAGCGAGAAAGGCGGUGAGUACCUGUACAACCAUCCAGUAGUGGAUGAUAGGUGGAAAAAAGAUGAAAUUUUAGAAGCCAAAAUCAAAAAGUUCCUGUCGCAUCCUGUUGCUUGGCAACCCUCUGCAGACGGUAAACAUUGGGUGGGUCAUAUGAUAUUAAAGAAAACAUUGGAUGGCACGGGGAAGACCCCGGACUCGGGGGUUAUUCUAGGUACGGUUUUAGGUCUAAAGAUUGUGGGUGGUCGUAUGACGGAGAAUGGAAGCUAUGCAGCAUUCAUCACCAAAGUGAAGAAGGGGUCCAUAGCAGACACUGUCGGACACCUUCGAGCUGGAGAUGAGGUUGUAGAAUGGAAUGGCCGUUCUCUGCAGGGAGCAACGUUUGAAGAGGUGUGCGACAUUAUUCUCGAAUCAAAACAGGAAGCUCAGGUGGAGCUCAUUGUUCACAGAAAUAAAGCGACCGGAGAAGUUCCGCCAGGGGCCAAUAGUCAGUAUGAUCAAAAUAAAGAUUUUGGUCACAUAAAGGAUGUGGUUGGCACAACACGUUUAAAUCGGCCGAGUCUGAAGGUCACAUCGCCCGAGUCGCCCCAACAGAGGAAAGCCAAGCACCAAAGUGCCAUGCAGAUAUCGGGCAGAAUACAGGUGAAACUGUGGUACGAGAAGCGUGGGUUUGAGCUCAUCAUAACCAUCAUCAAUGCCAUCGACCUGCCCACCACCAAGGAUGGCAAGUUCAGAAACCCGUACAGCAAGGUCUACUUACUGCCUGAUAGAAGUGAGAAGAGCAAACGACGCACGCGCACGGAACAGAACACAAACGAACCCAACUGGAACCAGACUUUUAUGUACAACCCAGUUAAGCCGGAGGACUUUGCCGAGCGCAUGAUCGAAAUAACUGUCUGGGACUAUGACAGGAUUGGGGCUAGUGAAUUCUUAGGAGAGGUAUUGAUAGACCUGACUACUGCGUGCCUCACAGAUGAACCCUAUUGGUACCAGCUGAGUAACCAUGACAACACCAGUCUGCCCCUCCCAUCUUCCUCACCAAGAAAUAAGACGAGUCGGGACCCGUAUGAUGUUCGUCACAACCAGAUGUCGCCACCACGUGGUGGGGGUCGGGGCGGGACUGAUGAGCAGGAUGGAGACUUUUGUGAUGAUUCCAUAGGUUCCCAUAGAACAGAUUCACGGCAUUCCACUAGAAGACGGGACCACACCAGCAGUAUUGAAAAACUUAACGUUCCUGACAGAGGUCGAAGGUCAAAAUCUCCAAACCCUGAGCCCAGCAGUCAUCAGAGAAUGAGGUCAAGGUCACCAGCCCCAGAUAGGGGUCAAAGGUCAAGGUCACCAGCCCCGGAGAGGGACAGGGACCAGAGGUCACAUUCACCCUCUGCUGAAAGGGGUCAGAGGUCAAGGUCACCGGCCUCUGAUCGGGAAAGGCUGGACAGGGGUCAGAGGUCAAGGUCACCAAACACUGAUAGAGGUCACCAAAGGUCACGGUCACCAACAUCACACCACCGAGUGCCUGAAUCUGUAGCUCGCUCACUGUCUCCCACAGAUCUCAGCCGACAUUCCAGCAGUAGCACACCAGUGCGGAUGGCGGGAAUGUCGCCAACCAGCACGCCGUCACCAAAGAAACGACAGCUUCCUUCCAUACCCGUCGAACAACAAAGGGCUAACAGGGACAGAGUGACUCAAGAGUUAGAGGAGCGUACUCGUCUGAUGAAGCAACGUAUGGUGAUGCGCGCAGCCGAUGGUUCUGGAAUGCCUCACUCUGAUAGUGAGGGGUACCGACAGAUUCGUGAAAGCCGGUCCCGAUCCAGGGAUCGAAAUUUUGAGCGAGAAUAUGACUUUCGACUUGAUCGAGGAUUUGAACGUGGGUACCACCAUCGGAGAAAAAAAGAGUUUGGUGAUGAGGACGUGCAGAGUGAUGCCAGUGAGACAAGUGAUAUGUCCGAGGUGUCUAAGGUCAGCACGCUGAGUCUACGCUCCACCCAGUCAGAGAGGCCACGCAAACUCAGUGAGUUUAGAGGGAGAAUGGAGAGUAGAGCCACGCCCAUGCCAGCCAGAAGAGCCCCACCACGUAGUACUAGUAAUGACAGCACAGGGUUUGAGAAGAACGAUGGCAGCCAAUCAGAUUCAGCCUUGUCCAGCAGUAUUGUGGAGGGCCGCAGUAAACGGCGACCCAGUAUAGGCCACAAGAUGGCUUCCUUUGUUGGACUAAGGAAGCGCAGUAGUAGUGCCAACCAACUGGACGGUCGCAAGAGGAGCUCUUUUCAGCGCAGUGAGGAAGUGAUACCGACAGCAGACGGCAUUCACAUGUAUAAACAGGGUAGUCGUGAGUCCACAGAUGGCAGUAUCAGCUCUGACUCUGGCAGUGUACUGUGGUUACCACCAGGGAUGCGUCUGGGUGCAGAUGGUGGAUUUGGUGACUUUGUAGAUGGGUUGGGCCCAGGUCAGCUUGUUGGGCGCCAGGUUCUGGGCUCUGCUUGUCUUGGUGAGAUUCAACUUGGGCUCUAUGACCGGAAAGGUCACUUGGAGGUUGAGGUGAUCAGGGCACGUGGGUUGCUUGCUAAACCGGGUGCCAAAAUUCUUCCAGCACCCUAUGUGAAAGUGUACAUUAUAGAAGGGAAACAUUGUAUUGAGAAACAGAAGACCACAGUGGCUCGACGUACCCUAGACCCACUUUAUCAACAACAGCUAGUCUUCACAGAAGCAUAUGCUGGCAAGGUUCUGCAGCUAACUGUGUGGGGAGACUAUGGAAGAAUGGACAAAAAAGUGUUUAUGGGAGUGGCUCAAAUUAUGCUGGACCAAUUAAAUCUGUCGAACAUUGUGAUUGGCUGGUACAAACUGUUUCCUGCUUCCUCAUUGGUCAGUCACCACUCAUCUACUGGUACCCUUACUCCAACUAACAGGAAGGGAUCCAGUACAUCUUUAGACAGUGGAUAUAACAACAGCUGUAGAAACUAAUAACCAUUCUAUUAAUAGAACAUGUUUAAAAGUUGAUUGUUUGCAGCUAGGCGAAUAAUUCUUCUUGUAAAGUAAGUUCUAAAUAAAUGCUUGUCAUUUUGCAACUGAAUUUGCAACUGAAUUCAGUAAAUACUGUUUGGUUAAAUUAUAUUCAAAUUUGUAAAAUACUGAUAGAGUCAGGGUUUUAAUUGGAAUGAGUUAGUUGCAAAACUGAAAACAAACUAUUUUGUGUGGAUUGUAAUGGAUGUUUUCCAUUUAAGUCAAUCAAAUCAGUUUUUGCAAGGCUAUUUAAUAGACAUAAUAAAUGCUCUGUUUUGACAUGUGUGUUGUGUAAAAGCUGAUUAAUGCAUACUAAUUUCUGAAUUUUUGGGACAGUUCUGAGAGUUUAUGUGUCAAACCAUAUGCACAGCCUCAGUAUGUCAAAAUAAGUGAUAGUUUGUGUUUAAAAUGAAGAAAUUAUUCAAUGUGUAGGGUCUGCAGGUUAUUGUUUUCAACUGAAACUAAUGAAUUUGUUUUUUAUGGAUUGUUUUUUCAUAUUUUAUACAGUCUGACAUAAAAAACACACAACAAAAUACAUGUGAAAAUGUGAACAAAUGCAUGUGACACUGAUAAAAUGUCGUUCAAAUCUGAUACAAGAAUAAGACAAAAAUUACUGCAUAUUUCUUAAAAGCGUACCAUAAUUCGAAAUCAUGGGUUUACAAAAUUCUAUUUGAAUGGGUUUAAUCCAGAUGCUGUUUAUAAAAGAAAGUUAAAUAACUCAAUUUUAACAAUGUAUAAAAAGACAAUUUGCCAGCAUAAAAUCUGUGGGCUUGUCCCUUCAACAUGUUUUGGGAAAACAACAUAUCUCAUUAAGAAUUUGCAGAAUGGAUAUUGAUAGUUAAUGACUGAUAGCAAUUUCAAUGCAUUAGUUAAGCAUCUAUAGAUUAGAAAUUAUACUUAUCUUAAAUUGUCCAUGUUUGAAAAAAAAAUCAUAGUUAAAUUUGUUCUUCAUUCAGUUAUAAUGAGCUGAUUGUUCAGAACUUUGAUAAAGUUAACAAUGUUGAUAGCAGUAUUGUUGUUUAAACUUUAAAAGUUGAAUAUUUUUUAACAUACUCAUAUACAUGUACAUCAAUUGGAAACACAAACAACUUAGACAGGUUUUUCAUAAUUGUUAGAAAUACUGCAGAUCACAAGUGCGUCCAUGAGGACCUACAGAGUGAUAAAGAUUUGAAAGUUAACAAUGAUGAUGUUAACAAUGUUGUUAACUUUAGAAAAGUUCUGAACAAACCGCUCAAUGUUCUCGUCAUUUCAAUAUCAUUAUAAAUGUUUGCUGAUUGUUCGCUAUACCAUUUUUACAGACCAAAACAUUAACAAUACUCAGUAUGUUUCAAUUACAUUUUUGUUUGCUGAAUUGUGAGUACUGUUCAAUGAAAAUGGUAUAAAAUCAGCGUGUCACGUUCUGCCUUCAAAUGUGUUGUUAGACUCAUAACAUUUAUAUGUGUGUACACUUUUAACUGAAUCAAAUUGCAUUACGUUACGUAAAUUUGUUACUGUUUUCUUAUACUGUUAUUGUUUUGUUGUUGUUGCUGUUGUUGUUUUUUUGCUAUGUUUAGUUUAAUUUUGUUUUUGAGCUAAAUUAAUACAUAACCGUACUUCAAAGACAGAUGUACAUUCCAUUAAUCCUAACGUGAACAGCAAUAUUUGUUUCAUUUUAUAAUGUUAUAGGGAAAUAUCCUGACUUGUUUCUAUUGUAUAUUAUAAUCUAUAAGACUUGUCUGCUGAAAUUGACUGUUUUUACCAUUUAAUUGCGAUGUUCCCUACAGGAAACCAAACUGGGAUCUCAUUGGGAUGUCAUAAUUUCAGGGGGAUACUGGUGACUGGGAUCCAGCUGCAAAUGAAACCCUCAUGUCAGUGGGAUACUGGUGAUUGGGAUCUGGGUGCAAAUCCCACCCUCAUCCCAGUGCGUGACUGGGAUCUGGGUGCAAAUCCCACCCUCAUCCCAGUGGGAUCUGGGUGCAAAUGCCACCCUCAUCCCAUUGGGA